AUGGCGUGUGUCUUGACAAGGCGCACACGCAGCAGCACGACCCCCCUUACAUCAGCGGUGUUAUUGCAAAAAGCAGCAGCAACAAUAGACACGCUCGUCAGAGCAGCAGAGACAACACCGGUGGUGCUGGAAAGCAUCAUCGGCGGCGGCGACCAACAACUUGCAGUCGUAGAGCAGGUGUUGCAUUGGAGCGCCAGAAUCCACCGAGGAGAGCUGCAUCGCAGCGCCCACAGCUUGCAGCUGUCUAGGGGUGCUGCAUCGCAGCUCGUGCGGACCCCGAAGAGCGCUGCAGCACGGCUCUCCUGA